CUAGUUGUAUAAUGAAACUUUCAUUUUCAUUUUCUCAUUUGCGACUCAGAAUUAGCAUUAACUUAGCCAAAAGAAAGUAUGACAGAAAUCCUAUACACUCUUGCAGCUGAAAUCUUGAUGAAGUUGGGUUCCUUAGCAACCCAAGAGCUUGGAUCAUUAUGGGGCCUCAAAGAUGAUCUUUCCAAGCUCAGAGAUACAGUUUCUGCCAUGGAAGCUGUAUUUCUUGACGUAGAGGAGAAGCAAGGGGAAAGCCGCGAGGUCAAAAAUUGGGUCCGGAAGCUCAGAACUGUGUUUUUCGAGGCUGAUGAUUUGUUGGAUGACUUCUACACAGAGAUUACUCGGCGCAAUUUGCUGAUACAGAAAAACCCAUCAAAGAAAAUAUCUAUUUUCUUCUCGAAAUCAAAUCCUGUUCUGUAUAGUCUUGAGAUCCAUCAUCGUCUCAAGGUUAUUAGAGGAAAACUUGAAGCAAUUGAGAAAGACAAGCAUAUGUUGCACCUUGUUGAAAAGCAAUCAGUUGAUUUUGAGCUUCCAGAUAGGGAGACUCAUUCCUUUGUGAACGUUGACGAGGUCAUCGGAAGGGAAGAUGAGAAAAUGGCUAUAGUCGAUUGCCUGCUAGAUGUUCGAGAAAAUGUUUCUGUGGUUCCUAUAGUUGGUAUUGGGGGACUUGGAAAAACAACACUUGCACAACUGGUUUAUAAUGACGACCGAGUUAAGAUACAUUUUGAGCUGAGAAUUUGGGUGUACGUUUCACCCAUUUUUAAUGUGAAACUCAUUGUGGAAAAGAUGAUUGAAUCCAUCACUAGUAUGAAACCUCAAAGCCUCCAUUUUGACAGGUUGCAAGACCAACUUAGAAAAGAAAUUGAUGGUAAGAAGUACCUCCUUGUUUUAGAUGAUAUGUGGAAUGAAAAUCGCGAAACUUGGUUGAAAUUACAGGAUCUUUUGGUUGGUGGUGCUAGAGGAAGUAAAGUAUUGGUGACCACUCGAUCGGGACUAGUUGCAGCAGCUGUGGGUACUGCUGCACCAUGUAAUCUAAAAGGUCUGCCUGAAGACAUGUCUUGGUCCCUGUUUAGUAAAUUGGCAUUUAAGCCAGGUGAAGAAAUAAAUUCAUCGUUAGUGGCAAUUGGUAAGGAAAUAUUGAGAAAAUGUGCUGGUGUUCCUUUGGCAAUAAGGAUCUUAGGGAGCUUUUUGUAUUAUAAAGAGACUGAAGCUGAAUGGUUGUAUGUCAAAAAUCAUCGACUCACAGACAUGGCGGAAAGUGCAGACGUUGAAAUUUUGCCAAUUCUAAAGUUGAGUUAUGAUCAUCUUCCAAUACAUUUGAAGCAUUGUUUCAGUUAUUGUUCAUUAUUCCAAAGGAAUCAAACGAUUUGCAAGAAAACCUUGAUCCAGUUAUGGAUAGCCCAAGGUUUUAUCAGGUCAAAUGAUGAGGAAAAUGAAUGUCUGGAGGAUGUUGGAGAACGUUACUUCAUGGGUCUGCUGAGAAGGUCCUUUUUUCAGGAUGUUAAAGAGCAUAGGUUGGGCAAUAUCAUCAGCUGCAAAAUGCAUGAUCUGAUUCAUGACCUAGCAAAAAUGGUUGCAGAGAAUGAGACUGUGAUGCUAACUUCUGCAGGAAAUAAUUCAAGUGUUAAUAUUUGCCAUUUGUCAGUUGGUCCUGUUCAUGAUUCAGCAUGGGAGCUCCCUCACUCCUUGCUCAAAGAAAGGAAUUUACGCACGUUUUUUAUGCCAACUACGUCAAAGGAUUCCCUGAAAUCAGGAAGAUUUAUUGGGUCAGAAUUUUUUUUGAAACAAAGUAAAUUAGUGGUGGAUACAGUUAUAUCAAAUUUCAGGAGCCUAAGAGUAUUGGAUCUACAUGGCUUGGGAAUCAAUGAAGUGCCAGGUUCUGUGAGCAUGUUGAAGCAUCUAAGGUACAUCGACCUAUCUGAGAAUAAUUUUGUGACACUUCCAAAAUCAAUGAACAAAAUGCUGAAUUUGCAAACUCUGAAGCUGUCUUGUUGUUUUGACCUUUGUGAACUGCCGGAAAAUAUUCACAAAAUGGUAAACAUCCGACAUCUAGAGCUUGAUGGGUGUUUGAAUUUGUCCAAAAUGCCAUGUAGGAUUGGACAGUUAACUUCUCUUAGGACUUUAUCACAGUUUGUCAUAGGUCAAGAAACCUCUAAGAGUUCUAGAGUUAGUGCAGUGUUAACCGACUUGAAUGGUCUUGUCAAGCUCGGAGGAAAAUUAACACUUAGAAAUUUGGGCUGCAUAGAGUGUUUAUGUCCUAAAAUUGCUGAUACAGUUCUGAAGAACAAGGAAUACUUGCUAUCACUGAGAUUAGAAUGGACAGACCAAGCCGCUGGUGAUGAAUAUAAUGAGCUGUUGCUGGAAGGUCUGCAGCCACAUGAAAAUUUGAAGGUACUUUUCAUAGAAAGAUACAGAGGUCAAAGUUUCCCAAAAUGGAUGAUGGUUGGCAUGCACUCAGCACUACCAAAGUUAACAAAACUCACACUGAAGAAUCUGAAAGUAUGCAAAAGUCUUCCACCAUUUGGGUGCCUUCCUUCUCUCCAAUACCUUAAACUUGAAAGUUUGACCUUGCUAGAGUACAUCGAACAUACUUCCUGGGAUGGAUCUCAAUUUAGAAUGGAGCUACAAAAAGGAUCUGCAAUGUAUUUCCCAUCUUUGAAAGAAUUGAAACUCUUUAACUUGCCUUGCUUGAAAGGAUGGUGGAAAAAAGAAGUAAUGGCUGGUGGAAAAUUAUCGUCAUUUCCAGUCCAGCUCCUACUUUCAUCAUUUCCUUCACUCUCCAAGCUGACCAUCCAAGAUUGCCUUAUGCUUGAGUUCAUGCCAAUUAAUCCACGUCUUGAGGAAUUAAACUUGAUCAGAGUUAGCAAUAAACUCUUGCAACAACUAAUGAUGCUUCUGGAAACAGCAUUAUCUGCAAAUUGUUCAUCUUUCCUUGCUGUCUCAAAAUUGAAAUCAUUGUACAUUCUUGAUGUGAGAGAGUUAUUCCUUUUACCAGAGGGAUUGCAAAAUUUGAGUCUGCUUGACCACUUGGAAAUCUAUAGUUGUCCAAACCUAUCGAGUUUGCAAAUAGAAGGAAUGCAAGCGCUGAAUAUGCUCCGGUUUCUGCAUGUUCAUGACUGUGGGUUAACUGCUUUAUCUGAAGCUAUAAAGCAUCUCUAUGCUCUUGAAACACUAGUGAUUAGCUCCUGCAAAGAGAUUAAUUUAUCAACUGACAAUGAUCAGGAAUAUCUGCAAUUUAAAGGCCUAAAAAGCCUCCAGAUAGUAUACAUCCAAGAGAUACCGAAAUUGGUUCAUUUACCAGUGUGGCUUCAGUAUCUUCCUUCUUUGCGGGUGUUGCAUAUAGAGAAGUGUUAUAGUUUACUUGACCUACCUGACUGGAUCAGUGAUCUAAAAUCGCUCCAUGAGCUUUUCAUCUACAAGUGCCCAAAAUUGACAUCAAUUCCUGCAGGAAUGGUUCACCUUACUUCCCUUGAAGAACUCCGAAUUCUCAUGUGCCCUAAUAUCUGGAAAAGAUGUCAAAAUGAACAAGGAGAGGACUGGCCUAAAAUAGCUCAUAUUCCAAAAGUCAUUGUGAAGUGAGACUAGUAUAUGCAUAUUGUUGUGCUACCAUCUUAGAUGCAGUAAAUGCUUGAAGUUUACAUGGUUAUGGUUUUAAGAAGAAAUUUUACCCUGGAGUGAGGUCUGAAAUGGGGAGGAUACUGGAGAUAAUGAACAGGCAGGCGGGGUGUGUGUGUGUGGGGGGGGGGUGUGUGUGACCAAUCUCAUAGCAUAGUGCAGUACUCUCUCGUAAUGGACACACUUCACAGUAGGAAAUCGUUCUUGUUCAUUAAAGAGAAAUGAAGCAUUUGUGGAAAGGGUAUCAAGGAAAUCGAUUAAACCUUUGCUUGCCACUGGUGCAAUGCAUUGAGACUUGGGUCACUGAGGACGUGGUUGAAGAUAUAUAAUGACUCAUGGAGACCUGUUCUUGUGCUCAAUGCUUUACAAGGUGAUCAUUGUUUGGUCCGACUACAUGGAAGUUCUAUGGAAUUUAACAUUCAUAGAUUACAAGUCAAGCCAACAAACUCGGAAAGAUGGCAAAUGGGUUUUGAUCAGAAAGGGGCGGCUCAACAAUGUUUUCCUCCAUACCAAACACACCCUUAACGUACGUAGUUGGAGGAAGAAAAUCAUUUAAGGCUCAACCGCCAACUUUUUAUGAUCAAAUAUGUACAAGUCUUGCCUAAUUACUAAAAUUCACCUAUACCUGCAAGAAGAGAAGAAUCUAUUAGUAUUUGAGAUGGUCUCAAUGAAUUAGCCACUAACUUUCAGUUGGUACUUGAGCUAAAACACAAAUCUAAUAAAUAUUGUGCGUUGUUGCCUUGUUACUGAAUAUUGCGCGAGCUUUUUAUGUGGAAAUAGUCAACAACAUCCAUUUCUUUUUUUUGAUAUUGACUAAUGACAUCACACAACCUACAGGAAAAGAUGUCUUAUCUACAAUGGGAUUCACCUUGUAUAAACAAUGACUGGAACUUAAUAUGAUGGCUAAAAAAUCCGGUGCCUGUAUCUGAUCUUUUGGUGCUGGUUGCUCUGUUACUGGUUAUUCUGUUACUUCUGACCGGGACAAAUCUAUCGAUUACUGUGUCUAAGAAACUGAAAUAUGCUUGUCUCCAUGGCUUUAGAACGAUCAAGAUAUAGCAAGGAACAAGAGUACUUGUAAUAAAUCCCAAUCCAACACUCACAAAAUCAUUUAUCAGGAAAUUCAUGGCUGCUGUCAUUCUCUAGUACGGUUCUAUUGUCCGACGAGUUUCCAACUGAUGUAAGCUUGAAAUGUUUUCUUGGGUUUGUCCACUGAUUUGGUUUCCGGACAAGUUCAAAACUGAGGACAUGCAUACAACUUUGUCAAUUCCACAGGAAACGCUCCAUUGUGGUUGUUUCUAGACAAGUCUAUUGAGGUAAGAAGUGAUAAGUCUUACUAGUUAAUUAUUUUAGAUUGUGAUGUCUUGUUCCAACAUGUUAAAUCAUAUUAUCUUACAAAAGUCCAAUUAUUAUAUUGUUCCUCAAUAAAAUGUAAUCCCUCCCCUCUUCCCCUUCUAUCCCCCAUAACUAAAUCUGUAUGAAUAAAGACAACGAAUCAUAUCAUGUAAUUAUCAAGUAAAUUUUUUAUUUCA